AUAUUGACAUUGACACUAAUGCAAAAUUUUGCAAAGGAGGCGUUAAUCCCAGUAAAAUUUAAGAUUUAACAUUUAAAACAAACAAAAUGAUUCGCUUCAUUCUUAUACAAAAUCGUGCGGGUAAAACACGAUUAGCUAAAUGGUAUAUGAACUUCGAUGAUGAUGAAAAACAGAAGCUUAUUGAGGAAGUACACGCUGUUGUGACCGUUCGUGACGCUAAACAUACUAACUUCGUUGAGUUCCGCAACUUCAAGAUAGUGUACAGAAGGUAUGCGGGUCUCUACUUCUGCAUAUGUGUGGAUGUGAAUGACAACAAUCUCUGCUACUUGGAGGCCAUUCACAACUUUGUGGAGGUCCUCAAUGAGUACUUUCACAAUGUCUGCGAGCUUGAUCUGGUUUUUAAUUUCUAUAAGGUAUACACGGUGGUGGACGAGAUGUUCCUAGCGGGAGAGAUCAGAGAAACAUCGCAGACUAAAGUUCUCAAACAGCUUCUAAUGUUAAACUCCUUAGAGUAACUGAACCCGGUACUAGGUCUCAUAUUGAGUAUUUAAUAUAUAUUUACUUCAUAUUUAUAUUUCAAACAAAGCUUUGUAUAUAAUCAAUAUGUUUAAAAUAAUGUAGUUUUCUUUAAGUAACAUUUGUUGAAUCAUUUCAUUCUAAUGUUUCUAUUCAAAUGUUUAUUUGAAACAGAAUAAUGUGCGGAAUGACAGAAAAAGACAUUAAAAAAUUAAAUAAAACUUGAACAAAA